AAUAAUCCAGGUGGUCAGCUGAUCUAGAAUAAAAGCUGCUAAUAAGAUGGCUACUGCUGAGAAGUUAAAAAGAAGGGAGCUAGCUUCUUUUAGAAGAAGAGUUUGCUGGAUAUACUGACUCAUAAGCUUAGGAUAGGAUAAAGUAAGGUUUAUUGAAGAAUGUCUGGACGUGGAAAGAAAAAUGUGAUGGCCGUAAAACCUACAGUUCUAUCAAGAAAAACAAAGUCAGCGAAGGCUGGUCUGCAAUUCCCAGUAGGUCGUAUCCACCGGCUUCUCAAAAGAGGGAACUAUGCUGAGAGAAUAGGUGCUGGCGCUCCUGUUUACCUGGCGGCCGUGCUGGAAUAUCUGAUUGCUGAGAUAUUGGAACUGUCAGGAAAUGCUGCCCGUGAAAACAAGAAAAGCAGGAUUGGGCCACGACACAUCCAGCUGGCCGUGAGGAAUGACGAAGAGCUGAACAAGCUGUUUGCCGAUGUGACCAUUGCUGAAGGAGGAGUUAUGCCCAACAUCCUUUCCCAGCUUCUUCCCAAGAAAACUCUUAAAGAUCCUUUACCAAGAGGGGAUGCUACUGCUUCCCAGGAAGAAUCCAGUAACCACUGACUUACUCCUGCCUUUCCUUUGACUCGUGUUUAUCAAUGCUCUAUAUAUGCUAACACUGCUAAAUAUUACUCAGGGUGACUUGUUUUAAUGUUUGUGUGUCUUUUAGAUGUUUGUAAUAAACUUUCUAGAAUUCA